AGUAGCCAUCCUCUACAUGUGCGAGAAGAAAAUGAAAAUUUGCCUCUUUUAUUGCGUAUCAUCGCCGCAAACUAGAUGAUGUUCUGUGUGUGAGAAGCGAGCUGCACGUUUUUUUUUUUCGUGCGAAGUCGGAGAACAAAAAAUAGUGCUCCCGAUUAUUCAUCAUUCUCGGAUUUGGAUCUCGGAAGUCGAAGCAGGCGGUGACGAUCGGUGUUGAUCUAGAUAUUUUUUCAUCAUCGUGGAUCGGGGUAGGCUUUUGGUGGAGGAAUCUGAUCCCAGCUGAAAAAAGGCUCGAAGCUUCGAUCGAAUCGGAACUAUAUCGGAGGACGGACGGACCGACGAAUGAGCGGCCAGCGGGUUCUGUAGUUCUGUGAAGUGAAUUCGUGCGUGAUCAUUCGCGGGUGUGCCCAAAGAGAGUGGGAGAGAGCGAGAAGAUUUUCACAGGCGAAGAAUAUUCCCAAAUUCGGGGUGAAAUAGUGAAAAGUGAGUGCUGCGUUGGAGGUGUCGCGUUGGAUUGACGUCACACUGACUGUGAAGAAAAACAGAAAAUUCCAACAGUGCUUCCAGAGCGGAACUAAUCUAUUCUUGACGAUCACCCGACUCGACCGACCGACGAUCGCCGAGUUCUGCUGAUCCAGUUACUACUGCACGGUACCGGCGCUAGCUACUUAUUAGCAACAGAGCGAGUCAGCUCGCUUUUUUAGUGAGUGGCAACCGACCAGCGGAACGAACCAGAGAAAGAAAAACAAGGCCGAACUCUUACAACAAGAGAAGCAACAAUGUCCGACUACGAUCUCGACGUGGAUAAUCUGAUACAGCGGCUGCUGGAAGCACACAAACUGCAACAGCAACAGACACAGGAAACUAGGAAAAAAGGGAAACUGAAAGACAUAUUCUCGUCAGAUAAGGUGCGAGGAUGUCGACCGGGCAAGGCGGUACCCAUGUCAGAGGAAGAAAUUCGUGGACUAUGCCUAAAAUCGCGAGAAAUUUUCCUACAGCAACCGAUCCUGCUUGAGCUGGAGGCAGCCCUUAAAAUUUGCGGUGACAUCCACGGUCAGUACACAGAUCUGCUGCGGCUGUUCGAGUACGGAGGAUUCCCCCCGGAGGCCAACUACCUGUUCCUGGGCGACUACGUGGACCGAGGCAAACAGUCGCUGGAGACGAUCUGCCUGCUGUUGGCCUACAAAAUCAAAUACCCAGAGAACUUUUUCCUGCUGCGGGGCAAUCAUGAGUGUGCCAGUAUUAAUAGGAUAUACGGAUUUUACGACGAAUGCAAACGGAGGUACAACGUCAAGCUGUGGAAAACCUUCACCGACUGCUUCAACUGCUUACCGAUUGCGGCCAUUAUUGACGAGAAGAUCUUCUGCUGUCACGGCGGGCUCAGUCCGGAUUUGAAUCAUAUGGAACAGAUCAGAAGAAUCAUGAGGCCAACCGACGUACCCGACACUGGACUGCUAUGCGAUCUACUGUGGAGUGACCCAGAUAAAGAUGUUAAGGGCUGGGGCGAAAACGAUCGCGGCGUGAGCUUCACCUUCGGCGUCGACGUGGUUUCCAAGUUCUUGAGUAUGCACGAUCUGGACCUGAUCUGCCGGGCGCACCAGGUCGUCGAGGACGGGUACGAGUUCUUCGCCAAACGCUCGCUGGUCACGCUCUUCUCCGCUCCCAACUACUGCGGAGAGUUCGACAACGCCGGUGGCAUGAUGUCGGUCGACGAGAAUCUAAUGUGUUCAUUUCAGAUUUUGAAACCAUCGGAGAAGAAGGCCAAGUACCAGUACUCGGGCACGAACGCGCAGCGACCGCAGACGCCGCAGCGGAACCAGAAUCAACCGCUGCCGCCGAGCAAACGGAAAUAAUAAUUUCUCUCUCUUCUGAAUCGCUAUCUGACCCGACGGCGCGGCGGCGGCGGUGGUGGUGGCGGCGGAAGCAGCAGGAAACAGAAAUCAUCAUCAUCAUCUUCAGCAGCACCAACAGCAGCAGGAUCAUCUGAUCCGGCCACCCCUUCCGCUCCACCACCACCUUCAUCAUCAUCAUCAACCGCAGCAGCAGCAGCAUCUUCAUCAUCAUCAUUGGGGGCCGUCCCCGUUGGCGCCGGGGCAGGUUUGUCCGAUUCACUCUCCAGUAGCAGCAGCAGUAGUAGCGCCCUAGAAAACCAAAAUCACCACCACCACCAUCAUCAACAGCACUCGAUGGCCGUUUCCUCUCGACGACCGUCGUCCACUUCCUCCCAAUCGCCAUACGCCUCCAGUGAGUAUCACCAACCGGUAAGGCAUGUCCACUACAACAACGGCGGUGUCCACGACGAAGACGAUCUGGGGGACGAGGAAGAGGAGGAAGAACUGAUUGUAACCAUACCGCCCCCUCCUCCCCCUCCCGCUCAGGUAAUGGCCAUGCAGCAGCAGUUGCACUCGCUGCGGCUCCACUCACCCACAGAACCGACGAUGCCAUUGCCGAGGGCCGUAACCGUACAAAUAGCCGUUCCUCCGCCGACUCCCCCGUUGCCAUCUAGUUCUAGUUCUUCCUCCGGAUCGCCGUGGGUUCCGCUAAAAUCUUCAUCGUCUUCAUCAACAUCUUCAACAGCAAUGCAUCCGAACAGUAGUAUCCUGGGAUCCUCACCAGCAUCAUCGACAGCACCGGUCGGUGGACAUCAAUCAUCAUCAACGUCAUCGUCAGUAACGUUUUCCACCUUUCGGAGGGUUCAUUGAGAAAUCUUUUUCUACUUUAUUUCUUUUAGAGCAGCCAAAUUUCUUGAUUCAAAAUUUGCAGUAGGUACCGGAUUCCGUUGAUUAGCAGUUUGGGAAGGUAGUAGCUUCGGAAGGAAGCUUUCAAUUGCACCUGAGCGUUAGUGGCAUUUAGUUUUACGAUUAUCUUUUGUAGUUUUGAUUUUUUAUAACUCUAGGAUCUGUUUUUUUCAGUUUGGCCAGGUUACAAAAAACUAAAUCUUAAAACGUUGGGCUGAAGCCAGAGAAAGAUAUGAAAUUUUACAAGGAAGAGAGAUAUUUGAGAUCAUAAAUACACAGCAUAUGGACAGUGAAAAAA